AUGUACGACUGGGUAGAAAGGAUAGUACAGAGAAUCUGGCAACCUCUGUCCAAUCGCUAUGCCCGUAUGCACGGCCGUGGGCGUGCAGAUGGAGAUGGCUACGAUGGCCAAUGGUCUACUGAUCUUGAACAACAUGCCUUCGGCGAAUACUCUUUCGCAGUUAUACAGGCCAAUCAAGCCAUGGAAGAUUUCAGUCAAGUGGAAGUCGGCCACAACGCCACCUUUGUAGGUGUUUACGACGGCCAUGGCGGCCGUGAGGCUGCAUGGUUCGUCCGUGAACAUCUCUUCAAUAAUCUCAUCCGUUUUGCUCAAGAAAGGGAGGGAUUGAUAUCUGAACAAAUACUUAGAAAUGCGUUUACUGAAACUGAGCAAGGAUUCAUCUAUUUUGCGCGUGAAGCACUGAAACACAUACCUAACAUCUAUUCAAUUGGUUCUUGUUGUCUAGUUGGGAUCAUAUGGAAUAAAAGAUUGUUCGUCGCUAAUCUGGGUGAUUCGAGAGCUGUUUUAGGGCGUGCGAAUCCGCGAAAUCUAAGCAAAGUCAUCGCGCAGCCACUUACAAACGAUCAUAAUGCGAGCAUGAUGGAAGUGAGACGAGCCCUGCAACUCGAUCAUCCAGAGGACCCAAACAUUGUUGUAAGAGAUGAGCAUGGCGUAUGGCGAGUUAAAGGCAUUAUCCAGAUUUCUCGAUCAAUCGGAGAUUUAUACCUAAAGAGUUCUGAAUUUGAUAUUGAUGAUCCAAAUUUCCCACGAUUUCGUCUAACCGAACCUAUCAACAAACCUGUAUUGAGAUCCGACCCGACUGUACAGAGUAGAGACAUAGAAACAACUGACAGGUUCAUCGUUUUCGCAUCAGAUGGACUAUGGGAUAAUCUUUCGGAUCAGAAAGCUAUCGACAUUGUUCAAAAGAAUCCCAGAUCUGGAAUUGCGAAGAGACUGAUUAAGAAAGCAUUGGAGGUAGCUGCAAAGAAACAAGGGCGAAAGUAUAAGGCCAUUAGGAAGUUUGAAAUGGGGAGGAGACGAACAGUUCAUGAUGAUAUUACGGUGGUCGUUCUUUACAUCGACCAUCAUCUGGUGGCGAGAAGCGCGCUUGUGACGGAAGUUUCUAUGAAGGCGUUUGAGGACUCGACUGAAUCACAGUUCAAGUAUAUACACGGCGGUGCAAGUACUUCAGUUACCGGUGGUGCAAGUACUUUAGGCGCCGGUGGUGCAAGUACCUUCGGCGCCGGUGGUGCAAGUAGCUCAGGUGCCGGUGGUGCAAGUAGUUCAGGCGCCGGUGGUGCAAGUAGUUCAGGUGCCGGUGAUCCAAGUGAUUCAGGUGCCGGUGGUCCAAGUGAUUCAGGCGCCGGUGCUCCAAGUGAUUCAGGCGCCGGUGGUGCAAGUGGUUUAGGCUCCAGAGGUGCUAGUAGUUCAAGUUCCAGUAGUGCAAGUAGUUCAGGCGUCGUUGGCGGUGGUGCAAGUAAUUCAGGCGACGGAGGUGUAAUUAGUUAA